AUGACGCCUUCACAAGAUGCCACACCAAUACCACUCCCGAUCACCGCUCCUGCGCUGUCCGGUAUAGAUGAGUCCAUAAAACUCCCAAGGAGACGGGCUCAAUCGCCUGGUGCGUCUCUAGCGUCUCUUCCAGAUCGUCGCUCCAGCCCUUCUCUGUCCUCCUUGUUCGCAUCCACCUCGUCUCUCGCCGGUAGUAGGCCAGGUUCAGGCACAUCAACUCCUACUGCCUCGACGAUCCCAAGUUCAGUCUUCUCCCCAGUGUCACGAUCAAACGGGGCUCCCUUCCCCGGUCCAGGAUUCGAAGGAACAGAAGAGCUACGGAACCUAAUAUCCAGAUCGUUUGCGCCGCAUGUGGGAGUGCUGGCGUCUGAAGACACAGAAGAGCUGGUGCAGCAGAAAGGAUUUCAGGGUGGAUUACUAGAUCUUAUAAGACCAUUUGGCGAGCAUAUAACAGGAAAGCUGGCCAUACGAGACAGCAAUGGCUCCAGUAAAGUCGUCGACGAUUUCGGGAUACGUUUCAUGGGUCUCAAAGAUGGCCUCGGCUACCCGUCGUUCCCUAGAAAGAGCGCGGAGGGGGUGUAUGAUUCAACAAAUCGGGAGCUGAACUCAGGAAAACCGUCAGACCGAUGGUCGCGGACAGGUGGUGACAUAUCGCAUAUUGAAGAAGCUGUAGGCCGACAUAUUGCAUAUGCCGAAAUGCAAAAUACAGGGUCGAUCUCAGACUAUUUCAAUAGCAGGAACAUUUCAUCUGCCGGUUGGGAGGCGUCGCCGUUCUACGCUCUUUAUCUAAGGCGGUUGUUGUCGGGUCUUCCAUUGGUACCCCACGAAACGUUCUCGCAUCCUGUGGCCUGUGUUAUAGCCAUAAGUUCUCAUAGCACAUCACCCAUAGAGGAACUCCGACGCCUAUACACCAGCACGAACAUUAGUGAUUCUAGGCUUCCACAAUGGGUGAACAACGAAUUCUUACGAUACUACGUUUUAUUGCAUGAUGAAGACAAUGACGAUAUCAAGCAGUCAAUGGGCCUCUAUGAGCAAAUGAAACGUAACUUUGGGCUUCAUUGCCAUUUAUUACGGAUACGUAGCGCACAGGCUGUUCCUUCAGAUGAUGAAAGUGUGAGAAUACCGUUAUGUGAGUGGAUGUCUGCCUCUGAGGAAUUGGCAGAAAUCGAAAAGCGAGAAGCUGCAGACGAUGACGUUGAUCCAACGCCAUGCAUUUUCGAGUCUGAUGCCACAGCCAUCAGGAGUUUCGUCCGUGAGCUUGUAGCGUCUUCCAUCGUACCAUUGAUGGAGCGGAUGUGCGCCCAAUGGAAUGAACAAAUUCUUUCGCGCCGCAAAGGUUUAAGCGGCCGAUUCAUGUCCCUCUCAAAACGGUGGACUCCUUUUGGAGCUUCGUCGCGCAACAGCUCCGGUCCUAUGUCUGGCGGGUCCAGCAAUUACGACUCCUUGCAGGGCUUUUACAAACCCGACACACCCGAAGCGUUGAUGCGCAAGCUCGCUGACUAUGCGUUCAUGCUACGCGACUACAAACUGGCCCAAUCUACCUACGACGUACUGCGUUCUGAUUUCAAUAGUGAUAAAGCGUGGACAUACUAUGCAGGUGCUAGCGAAAUGGUUGCCAUUGCAGCGCUGAUGACCCCGAAUAAUAUGUCCUCAAAAGCCCGCAUUGAGAACAUUGACCAAUUCCUGGAGGCUUCGUCAUACUCCUACGUCACCCGCUCCGCAGCUCCGUAUUACGCACUGCGAACACUCGCCCUAGGCCUGGAACUUCUUCGGCUACGCGGGAGUUCAGCCGCGGACGAUGCCGCACGCUGGGCGUCUCGAAUACUAGAAUCGAGGCUGGUGGGUCCCAUUGGACAUGCGCUCUUCACGGAGCGCGUCUCAGCAUCAUAUGGUUGUCGUCGCGGUGUUGGGAACCUUAACUCUGGAAGCCGCACAAGAAAGUCGGCAUUGUGGGCUUUACUUGCUACCUCAGAGUGGAUCGCACUCGAGAAAACGGACUUGGCCGAGAAAGCACUGCACCGUGCGUGUGCCCUGUACGGUGUCUUGCCCGGUGCAUUUGAGGACACGCCUGUUGAUAUAAAGGAGGCUGAAGAUGGCGUAGACAAGCUUGGCCUGCCGAUGAGAGCAUAUCCUCUCGCAUUCGGGGAGAUGAAGGCCCAUAUUGAUAGCCUAAGAGAGGCCUUAAGCGAGCAGAGGAGGAUGGCUGACGGAUAUGAUGACAUGGCCGAAACGCUCAUGCCAGCUGAUGACGAAGAAUUGGAGGUUGAAGAUGUAAUUAGCGAGAGUCUGACCGUGAACGCGCGGCCGAACCGCAAGAGCUUGAUUGGCGCUCAAAUGCCCUUUGGUGUAGAUGUGGCACCAUUGAGUCCCGUGCGGACAAGAGACGAAGGCGAAGAAGGGUUUACGGAGAGUGAUAAGAUCUUGUGA